CGGCGCCGGUGACGUCACGGCGCGGGCUCUGAUCACGGCCGCGCUUCUCCCCUCGCGCGAUUCACGGCGGCGACAGCGGCAGCAGCAGCGGCAGCAGCAGCGGUAGCGGCGUUGAGCGUGAGAGAGAGAGAGGCCGGAGCGACACCACACGAAGCCGCGAUGCUCAUCAAGGUCAAGACGCUCACAGGGAAAGAGAUUGAAAUUGACAUCGAGCCAACGGACAAGGUGGAGCGGAUCAAGGAGCGCGUCGAGGAGAAGGAGGGAAUCCCCCCUCCUCAGCAGCGGCUCAUCUUCAGCGGCAAACAGAUGAACGAUGAGAAGACGGCCGCCGACUACAAAAUCCAGGGCGGCUCCGUGCUGCACCUCGUGCUGGCGCUAAGGGGCGGCGUCUGAUGGCGCCGCCGCCAUCGCACCCCUCCCCGCCUGCUGCUGGUGGUCCCAACCCCACCCGGACCCAUUGACCUCAACCCAUGACGAUGCAUGCCACCCACCUUGGUUGCGAUGUCCACUGCAGCCAGCGCGACUGCGUUGUCUCUCGACGCAAGGGCGCCCUUCCAGCCACCUCCGCGUAGCUCCCCCCAACGUUUACGUUUGCCCCUCGCACCGCAAGGCUCGACGGCCUGCCACUCUAUCAACGGCGCCCCCCCUCCGCCCCUGCCCCCCCACUUACAGUUCAUUCUCUUCCCCGGUUAUAUUGCAGAUAUGUUUGUAAAAGCUCCAUUAAAAGUUUGAUCCUGUU